CACCCCUGCUUUAAGAGGACACCUUUUUCACCAAUCUGCUGUUUUACAAGUGCAAUCAGUCGAUUGCAGUCAGGUGUUUCUCAUUUCUGCUGAAACCUCAUUGGUUAAACUGUCUGUGCUGGGUGAGUUGGAACAAAGACCAGGACCCACUGCGGCCCUCGAGGACCAGUUUGCCCACCCCGGGUUUAAAGUCUAAAAAAAAACAAACAGUAGAAUUGUUUAGGAAAAAAUAAGAAACUUAUGAAUGAUCAUUUUUUUAAAUAAAUACAUGUAUCCAUAGGUAUUUGUUGAAAUAAUGAUAAAAAAAAUCUUAUUUCAACAUAAAAUGCAGUAAAAUAAUUAGUAAAAACAUAGACAAACCACUGGGCCAGUGACUUUUGAGGUUCAAUGGCUCUACUAUCAAAACCACUGGCCCAGGUCAACGUGUCAGUUAUUGAGACCAAUAAUCAUGAAAAAGGAACAAUUUGCUUGUAUAAUAUUAGGUAAAUUUGAUUAAAAGUACAACAAAACGGUGCAAAAACAUGAAUCUAGCGCAAAUGAUUCAAUACCAAUUCCAUAAUCACAGCCAUAAUCAUUCCAUAAUCACUCCAGUUACAUGAAUAACCCCAAAUCAACUCCACUGACCACUUACACAUAUUUUAGUGUUUUCAGCAAACAAACACGCACAAAUAAAAAGAUUUUUUCUUGGGAGUUCCAGGGGGAGGCAGACCCGCGGGAAAGCCCUGUGCCUCGGCGGAGCUUUCCUGUCUUCCCCCUACCGCCCGCUGGAAGUCUCAAUGGCAACAGUUUACAAGUCAAAGAGAUGACGAAGGCAAUUAUGGCGAACGAUUUUCAAGCUGGACUGUCAUUAUGACGAUAUUAUUAUCUCUAUAGUCACGCGAAUGAAUUAUCACUUUAUUUUCAUACCAUAGGUUUCAUACUCAUUAACUUUUCUCGAACUUGCUUGUCUGCAUAUUUGGGCAUUGAUCUACACACCUCAGAGUAAACCUCGUUUUUUUGUCUCAUCGUAGCCGAACCAGCAGUCGCGCCAAUGGGGCUGAAACUUUUCAUGUUGGAUUUCGCUUUCCCUCAACUCCUCUGGUGACUUUCUCUUUCUCGAGUGGUCUUUUUUCCCUGUUGCUUGGUCGGGUGCUUGGGGUUUCAGAAACAUGUCUUGUAGUUUAACGUUAGAUGGGUACUGAAAUACUGACAAUAAAUCAGCAGCAGUAAUUAGGUUGUGCGCAUUCACAGGGGAACAAGCAAAGUGUGUUUACACCCCCAAGUGACAUAAUUCAUACAAUUUUUGAGACACGAAUGUUUGACCAAUUUAAAAAAAAAAACUAGUAGGUGCAGACUUCAGACAUGAGCAUUUACUGUUUGAGCAGCAUAUUCUACAAUAAGCUGCAGUAUGGAAUACACAAUUCAUCCAAAAAAGAGCCUUGAAGCUAUUUAAUCCUGCUUCCAAUUGAUGCUUCUUCUCAAAUUAAUCAUAAAACAAAAGUAAUUAAACAUUGUGUGUGUGAAAUAGCAAAACAAGUACUACCACAGUAUCUGACUCUGACAACAUCCACUCAUAACUAAAGAAAAUACUAUCAACAAGAGUGUUCCUGCAAAGAAAUGUACGAUUAUAUUAUCAUGGGUGAUGAUGAUGAUGAUGCCUCUCUCCGACACUGAAGAGAGAGAGUGAGCGAGAAUGUGUUUGUCACGCUGGCUCUUCCUGCCGCAGAGCUCCGAGCGCGCCAAUACGUAGAGUGGGAGGCGUCGGACGAGGGCGGGCCUUAAGAGCGAGCGGGCCAAUGCGAGCAAAGGAGAGGCGCUCUCAGCCCGGAGUGCCCUUGUCGUCUCAGCAUCGCGAUCCACAGAGGAGGCGAGCCGCGCCAGGCAGGUGCUUGCAAGUAGGUCACAUUCAAGAUUUGGCCGGGAUGCCAAUAAAUGAUGCAAAAGUGCACUUUUGAGGAUACAUUGCCAAGCCCUGACGCUGUACUUGUUUUUUGAUUCCUAUUUUUACAUUUUUGUAUUUUUUUUCUUUUUGCUCUUCACUUUCUUUGCAAUCCUUCUCACACAGUGGAGUCCUUGUUCUUCCUUUUUGCUCUCUUCAAGGACUGCUGACACUCAAGCACACGCACACAGCCGCCAUGGAAACCGGCAGCCCCAGAAAGAUCCAAUUCACUGUCCCUCUACUGGACACCCACCUGGACCCAGAGGCAGCUGAACAGAUUCGGAGACGUCGACCAACACCUGCAACUUUAGUGGCAUCCAGCGAUCAGUCAUCACCAGAAAUAGACGAAGACCGUCUCCCUAACCAGCUGUACAAGGCUGCUUUGUUAAACUCUCCUCGACAACGAAGAAAAGGACAAAAGGGAACGCCUACCAUGAAAGAGCUGCAGUUUCUAGUGGAGCAUCACCUGUACAGACAGCAGCAAGGGGGCACUGACGAGUGCUCCUCCGAGAGCUGCCUGUCGGACCGGCCCAGCCCCGAAACGGCCGUCCCAGGAGAGGAGCUCCCAAUGGAUGACGAGGCCACCGCCGAGGCCUUUGAAAAGCUGCGCUGUCAAAUGGAGGCAGCGUUCUCCAGGGAAAGUCUGUCAGAAGCGGCUGUCGGCGGGUCGCAGCGACCCCUCUCGAAGGAGGAAGACGAUCGCUCCGGGGUGGCUUUGUCAGAUUCGUCAUUGCAGCACAACAACGUGCAUGAAGACACAAAAGCGGCGGCGUUCAGCAGCAGUCAGCCAGCCGACGACAAAACAAAAAACGUCGGCCCGGGGACGGAAAAUAAAUAUUGAAAAAAGAAGAUAACAAGAAUGAAUUCAAGCGCUCUUGUGUACACCACAAAUGCUGCUCCUCCUACCCAGCCGCCCCCAAACAAUCACGCAACGUUGUGAUUGUGUACAGCCACAUCAGGACAGUCCUUUAGGGCCUUAGUUACUAGCUGCAAAACAUUCAUUUAUUUUGUUUUUGCUUAUAUAACACAAAUCUUCCCCAUAUUGCUAAUUGGCUGCCAUUGACGAUGCUAGACGUCCAAGACAUUUUGACUGCGAGGGGUGAAUGAACGAACGUCAGUGGCAGUCAAUGUCUAUGUUUACAUGGACACAUGUAUUUGGAUUAAAAGUAUGAUCGGAAUAAAAUGCUUCAUGUACAUACCUACUUUGGAAUAUUCUAACGCAAGCAAGAUCAUUUCGAUCUAGAUCCUAUUCUGAACGAGAGGAGUGGAUUAUGUCGAUUUAUAAUCGGAUCGGCACGCAUAGAAACACUUAUUCCAAAAGUUCGGAACAAACCGUCUUUACUGCGCAUGUCUGUAACGUCAGGACAUGCAUUUCUGUUGUUCCCGGAAGCUAGUAGAACCAUAGUGAGCAACGGGAGGACCUUUGCCUUUUUCGCCCUCUUUUUUUCACAUUAUGGCCACAUAUAAGAAAGCUGGGUCUUCUAGGUGCUGCCAAAAGAAAAGCAAUUGCUAUAGAAACAAAGUUUAACAUUGUUACGUACUUCCUUAAUCUGAGUACAUGUAAGGCCGUGACUUGAGUGGAAGAAACACUUCUUUAUUCAGUGUGCUUCUCAUCACAUGUGCACACGACUCAUCACAGAGGUUCCUUUUUACUGUAAUACCACACCCACAGGGAGUGCACAACUAUGGCAACGGCAGUGUGACUUAAAUAUGUUACAAAAAUCAUUAAAAGACCUGAGAAAGGAGAGACACCAGCAAACAUCAGCAAAGAUAUGCUGCAUUAAGUCCUAAGUCAUUUUGUUAAUGCGAAAACGCCUUGCUCGUCCAAAUGUUAGAAAAAUGGGGAAAAUAUGUGAAAUAACGCUAAUAUUUAAAGUAGAAAUGGACGGAGCGAUGUUUUGCGGACACAGAAGUCGCUACCGCUUCUACUACUACGACUAUUUCCGUUUUUUUGGUCAAUAUACGCAUAUCAAAUUAAUUGGUUCUGUCCAAUAGUGUAAUGCCUUCGUGUCCAUGAAAACAGUGCAUCUGAUCAUAAUGUUAAUCCAAAUGCUGAAAUUUUGUCCAUGUAAACGUCGCCAAUGUCAAAACACUCAUUUAAAUGUCAUAUAUGUGCCAUGACAUCGAAGCAAUAACAUCGCGUUUGUACUUUUAAGAAAUGUAUCACUUUGGUAGAAGUAUCAUUUUACCAUUCUGACAUAAGUAAUGAAAAAGGGAAGAUUUUUCAAAGCGAUAUAGUUAAUUGUGCUUUGAAUUAUGCGUUUCACUCUUGAGUUAUGAACCAUGUCAUUGUACAUUUUAAACUCAUAAGUCGAGGUGCCACUGUAUUGCUAAAGUUCGGUGUACAGUAAUUUCCUUCUUUUGCAUUAUUCAAAUUCCAAAUGUAGUAAGGAUUUUAAUUGCUAUUUUAUUACAUGUGUUUUGGGUAUUUCUAAAAUCAGUCCAUGAUUAGUUUUAUCACAUUCUUCCAUUUCACAUCUUUAUUAAAUAUAAACACCUUGCAUGGCAACAUUAGACUAGCUUUACUGUGCUAUUUUUAAUAACACACCAAGCAGAUAACACUGGGGAACACAAUUUAUGUUGAGUUAGUUAAAAACGACUGUCAGAACUACUUUUUGGGUGCAGAAUCCAAAACUGAUAUCUGUUUUUGCCUGGCAUGUCUUUUUUUUUUUAACUACUAAUGCCCAUUUUCUAAAAAAAAUAUUUUAAAAAUACUGUAAUUAACAUGCAGCUGAAACACACAUUUCAUUUUUUGGGUCUCACUUUCUGAAGUCAAAUUAGAUAGAUCGAUGGAUAGAUAGAUUUCCUUUAUUGUCAUUGCACAAGAAAAAAACACAGCAGACUUAACCUCUCCUUUUCAGGUCAGGCAACAUUACAGAAAUAUUUACAUUUUGGUAAAUGCCACAUAAUGAGAGAAUUUUUAAACAGAAUUUUAUAGUUUCUUUGGGGUCAAAAGUUUACAUACAUUUCAUUACUAUCAAGUAGCAUAAUAUAAAAUCAUCUGAGAAAUUCUCAUUAUUGUAGCAUUUAACAAAAUCAAAUAAUUUCACGAGAAGAAGCAGAUGCUUUGUCUGAUUUGACUUCAGACAGUCAGACAAAAAAUGAAAUGUGUGUUUUUGCGGUGUAUGUAAUCUUGAGGCUUCAACUGUAUAUUCUUAUUUAUAUACAGACCGGGCCAAAAGUUUGGACACACCUUCUCAUUCGUGCAUUUUCUUUAUUUUCGUGGCUAUUUACAUUGUAAAUUCUCACUGAAGGUAAUAAAACAAUGAAUGAACUAGACAUGUGCCGGUUAAUGGUUUCAAGGUAUACUGUGGUAUGAAAAUGUCAUGCUUUCAAAACCGCAAAAAAAUUUCCGUCAUACCGUCCCUAAGGUAUUAGCUGUAUGUCCCAAAAAUGCAUGGAGAAAUCUUUCGCUUGUAGCUGCAAGGCUCAACCCUCCCCUACCGGUUGUUGCUUAUUGUCAGUGAGUCAGCUGUGCUACACGAUGGCUGGAGGAGGUGAAACUCCUGACCCUUUACCCCCAUUGAAGAAUAAUGAAAUCGCUAGUAUGGGUGUACUUAUGCUACAGAAAAGUUACAUACGGGUGCGGUUUGGAAUAGGAGGGCCAUCCGACAUGUAAAACAUUUGUGCGGAAGGUGGCUGCCGAGGAGGCAAUACCUCCAAUUUGAUUUUGCAUUUAUACAAAAUUAAAGGUUAGUAAACACUGUCAUGAAUGUUUCCCACCAGCUACGAGAGUUAACUCUAGUGUGUAUAGUGUGUCUAGUGGUGGUAAAACAUGUAUUUUUUUUUUGUCUCUGGCUACUGUCUGUGAUGCAUUGAAUGAGGUGUGUCCAAACUUUUGGCCUGUACUGUAUAUAAGUUCAAAUAUGAACAAACAAUGAAAUUUGAGAGAAAAAUGCCUUACUGCAAUUUGUAUUUAGCACCUAUGGUUUUACAAAGGAUAUGGCUAGUUGUGUGCAAUUAGUAACAACAUUGUAAGUAGGUAAACAAACUGGACCUGCUAAAAAAAAAAAAAAAAAGAUUGAAUCAGCAAGCCAAUUUUAGUUUUAAUCAGCAUGAAAUCAAACUCAACAGAAUUUUUCAUAAAAUUGUUCCAGUUAAAUCAUUUUUUUUCUAAGCAACCAAACCAUUUUAAAACUCCUCUCGUUGAACUUAAUAUGUAGAUUGUGACAAUCCUUCCAGACGCUUAAUAAACUACAGUACAUCACAAAUGGAAAGGAAGUUAGCCACAUGGAUCAACCUCAGAAUGCCAAAAAGUACAAAAAAAAAAAAAAAAAACAUACACAGAAAAACAGACAAUUAAAUGUUAUUUUGUGUAUUUAUAGAUUCUGUUGUGUUUGUCCUGUUUAAAAUGCUAAUUUAACUCAUUUGUUCCAAGCUUACUUGAAUUGAUUACAUGGCUUAUCAAAAAUGUGUUUGAUACAAUAAAAUGUUUUAAAUUGG